CCUACUGGAUAAAUGAGCCAAUGGAUGUGAAUGCGGCCGAGGAGGAAGACGCUGAAUUUUUUUGCCGUGCUGAGGGAAUACCUGCCCCAAGAGUUUCCAUGUUUAUUAAUGGAGUACCAAUUGAGAAUGUAAAUAACCCAAGGCUGCAGGUUGGACAAGAUAAAAUCAUCUUCAAGAACUUGACUAAGUCUGACACUCUUGUUGUACAGUGUAAUGCUACAAACAAGUUCCAAGAUGGCUAUGUCUACGGGGAUGCCUACCUCAAUGUCUUAGCUGAGGAGCCAUCCUUCCUGCGUCCACCACCUCUGAUCCAAGAGGUCCCAGCAGACAAGUCCACCAUCAUCCCAUGUCAGGUGUUUGGUGCCCCCAAACCUAGGAUAUCAUGGACGCGGAAUGGAGUAGAUGUUAGUGGCGGUGCCAAGUAUACCAUCCAUCCAAGUGGAGACUUGGAAAUUAAGAAUGUGCAGUCGUCUGAUGGGGGAGAGUACGCCUGUCACGCCUCCAACAAAUUUGGCAGUGGCUUCAGAGAUGGGCGUCUGGUUGUCAGAGCUCCCACCACCCUCCUUACGGUGCCCCAGGACCAAAUGGUGGAACUCGGCAGCAACGUGAAGUUUGUCUGCACUGCCAGGACAGAUCCUGAGAAGAUGAGCAAGCUGGAGAUGUACUGGCUCAAAGACAGCGAGAGAAUCAACCUGAACCAGGCGCAGAGGUUGUACGAGAACUACAUGGACAAUUCCUUGAUCAUCAGUGAUGUGAAUCUGCUGGACUCUGGGAAGUACACUUGUGUGGCGAAGAAUGGCUUGGAGAAUGAUCAGUCCAAUCAUACUGCUACCUUGGUGGUACAAGGUCGUCCCGAACCUCCAAAAGUUGUAACAAUCAUGGAAUGUGGCACACAGCAAGCUCGAGUGUCCUGGAGCGCUGGCUCUGACAAUUACGCCCAGAUUCUCAAGUACCGUAUCGAGUACAAUACCACCUUCACGCCAGCCACCUGGGUGGAGAUCAGGACCGUCAGCGCUGCGAACAGUCAGCAGUACCUUCCUCUCUCGCCCUAUGUCAACUACACCUUCCGUGUUCUCGCCCAGAAUCGUAUUGGCUGGAGCCUGCCCAGUACGCAUUCGAAGCAGGUGUGCACGACCCCACCCGCGGCGCCCUCUCAUAACCCCGAGAAUGUGGAGACGUGGAACACGGAGUGGGAUCAGUUACACAUCAGAUGGACGCCCAUGGCCCCAGUGGAACACAAUGGACAGGGUUUCCACUACCUGAUCACGUACUACAGACUGGACAUUCCCAAUGACAUUAUAAAGAGUGUGAGGAUCGAUGACUGGACCCAAAGAGAGCUCAGGAUUGAGAACACGCCCUUCUACACUCCAUACGCCAUCAAAGUGCAGGCGAUAAAUUCCAUGUCUGCUGCUCCUGACGAGCCGGCUAUUGUUGGGUUUUCUGGAGAGAGCACACCACUGGUGGCCCCAACCAACUUCAUGUUGAACCCCAAUGUCGCUGUCACGUCCAACAAGGCCAGUUUUAUAUGGGACGCUGUGGACCCUGAGAGUGACCAGAUUAGAGGCUUCAUGAGAGGCUACCAGAUUCAGUUCUGGCUGGAGGAGGAAGGAGAGCAGGGAAUGAGAACCGAGUACAUCUACACGCGAGAUCUCGCUCUGGAGGGGAGGAACUGGGUCGACAAGAUACGCACCAAACGGCAGACGCCUCCCAAGAUGGAGGCCACGAUAAGUAACUUGCCUUCCUCACAGCGUAUCGUCGCCCAAGUUCGUGUGAUUAAUAAGAAGUACGCAGGGCCACCCAGCAAUAAGAUCAUUGUACAGACACCAGAAGGAGUGCCAGGUCCUGUGCAGAACUUCCAGUUUGUUCUUGUUGGUCCAAACCACAUUAAGCUUCAGUGGAACAAGCCUGCUGAACCCAAUGGCAAGAUCACAGGCUAUGACAUUGGCUACAGGACAGUCACUGGGCUGUCCCUGGGAGCCAUCCAGUACAAAGAACCUGCCAUGACAAUUGGACCAGACGAUACCAGAGACCGUUUUACAGCCACAAUCACAGGAAUGAAGUCCUCAACGCGCUACAGGGUGUAUGUGUGGGCGCGCACGAAUGUGGGGCGUGGCGAGCAAGACUUCUUAGAUGCAGCUACUCUGGAGCCUUCAAGCCCAGGUAAACCUGACUUCAGGGCUGUCGCUGGACCAUGCUCAUCAGUGGUGGACUGUCCAAUCAACGUGACCUUCAUUCCGGCCAGUGUGAACCCUGGGGGUGCUUUCUAUGUCCAGUACAGGAAGAAAGGCACCAAUAUGUGGAUGAACACUUUCACGGAGACGGACAGAAUGUGGAGGAAUAUUUCUAAGCUGGAUCCUGGGACCACGUACGAGGUCCGUCUGGUGGCCAUGAACAGCAAACAGUACAGCACAGCCAGCGACGUAAAGGGGAUAGACACCUUAGGUUCAGCGAUGUCUAUUGGAUAUAUAGGCACAGCAGGCUGGUUCUAUGGAAUGAUUAUUGCCAUCUUGGCCCUCAUCCUUAUCUUGAUAGUAGUCUGUGUACUCAGGAGGAAGAGAGGGGAGAAUUAUCCAGUCCAUGAGAAAGAACAGUUGAGAGGUCCAGAAUUUGAACAACACGAAGGAGGCUUUGGGGAAUAUCAACGAGGGUACGACAAUGCAUACUAUCAAAGAGCUACAACUUCGUAUGUGACACAGCCAUUAAUGCGGUACGGCAGCAUUUAUAUUACACCUCCGCAGCCUCUUCUAGUUGCUUCUGGCCCUAACUCCAACUUCUGAUAUUGGCACUGUAAAAAAGGGCAGAACCAGGUUCCCCCCCUCGCCUCCACCCCCAAUUGGUUUCAUUGUGCUCUGUCUCACCCAGGAACAUUCUGGUGGCACAGCUAACACAAUGGGUUGUGCAGAGCUCAAGGAAACCUGGGGCCCGUUGCACAAAAGAACUUGGUCAAAAUUAUUGAACACAAAUGCUGGUCUUUGAAACGAGAUUAAAUUGUGGGUAGUACAAUUAGAUAAAGCAUUGCACCUGUUUUAUAAUGAAGAAGGCAUGACUCGGUCUAAUGUCACAUGACUGAUGUCUCGGACUAAUUCUUGAUUUAUUUAAGAAGACUGCUGCACUUUAACUGAAGUAGACUGAAUUUCGGUCAUAAAAUUAAGAUUUUGGUCCUAAAAUUAAGACCAGGUUUGGGACUGAAGUUCUUUUACGAAACGGGUCCAUAUGAUUAUACCUUUACCUUGUACCAAUUGUACCAAUUAUCUAUCCAAUACCUGACUCUGCCAUUUAAAUAUAAACAAGCAAAAGCAGCACAGAUAACCUAGGGGCAGAGAAAUAAGUCAAAGAGAUAUCCGUCUGGGAAUUUGCUGUUGUGACAGCUUCACUUUCUUUUAAUAUUCUUCCUCUUCUUGUUUUGAGUCUUUCAAAUUUUGAAAUGUCUUCAAUUUGCAAAUUCUUAGUAGAUUUUUUUUUAGCAAUGCUAGCUAUAAAAUUUUCGCUACAUGCUUAAUUUUGCUUCAAGUGUGUGGUAAAGCUACUUCCACCAUCUUGUUUCAUUUAAAUUUAAAGAAAACGUUGCUUCAUUAAAAAAAAAGGAAAGAAAAAGUUUUCCCAGAUGGAAGAAUCCAAGCAGAGGGCUUUAUGUGAAUAAAAGGGAUUGGAAUGUGUGGUGAACAGCACUUAGUGCUUUAGACAAGGCUGCACCCUGAGUUAGAUAGCCUUGAAUUGAACAAAUGUUGCAUGCAUUAAGCUUUUGUUGGCUCAAGGCAGAGGGUUUGAAUUCUGGACUGUGUAACUCGGGUGUGUUCAGCGUGACUUGAGGUAGAGAGAUUAAUUGUAGAAAUGACGAAC